AUGGACUGCCGCGUUGAUACCGCACUUUCUCUCCUCAUGCUCAACCGCACCCACACUUGGCUUGGGCACACAGCCACCGUGGAAGGGAAGUGGAAUUCUUAUUCUAACAUUUACCGGCGUGCCCAUUGGUUUGACAAAGGUACGGAUGCAGGAGACAUCCCCAAACUCAACGUACACCCCAAAAAGGUUAUGCGUUGCAUCUGGUGGAGCGUACACGGCAUCGAAUACUGGGAUAUGCUCGCUCAGGGAUUUACAGUGACCGCAGAUGUCUACAUUGAGCAGUUGAAGAAUUUGAAGACAAAUCUCGAAAAUGCACGCCCGCACCAGCGCGAAGUGUACUUCCAGCACGACAACGUUCGGCCGCACAUUGCAAGAACAACCAAAGCCAAACUGACGAACUUCGGUUGGACCAUUUUACCACACUCACCGUAUUCCCCAGACCUGGCUCCCUCGGAUUACUAUCUUUUUUCCUAUCUCCAACGUCAUCUGGAUGGUCAAGACUUCCAAACUCGCGACGACAUCGAAAGCUACUCGAGCAGUUCUUCAAGGAUCAGUCUUCAGCGUUCUGGAGCAAAAUCUGAUUUAACGUUGCGGAAGAUCAUCGAUGCCAUUGGGGCUUAUUUCAAAUGA